AUGGUGCGGGAAGGCGGCAUGGCCCGGACCCCCCCCAGCUCCACGCAGGACAUCCAGAUGGACGUCUUGGACAACGCCGCCCUCCAGGGCAAGUACGGCAGGCGCAAGAGCCGCUUCAAGCGCUCGGAUGGCAGCACCUCGUCCGACACCACCUCCAACAGCUUCGUCAGGCAGGGCUCGGCCGAGUCCUACACGAGCCGCCCGUCGGACUCGGACGUGUCGCUGGAGGAGGACCGGGAGGCGCUGCGCAGGGAGGCGGAGCGCCAGGCCAUGGCCCAGCUCGAGAAAGCCAAGACGAAGCCGGUGGCCUUCGCCGUCCGCACCAACGUCGGGUACAACCCAUCGGCCGGCGACGACGUCCCGGUGCAGGGCAUGGCCAUCUGCUUCGAGCCCAAGGACUUCCUGCACAUCAAGGAGAAGUACAACAACGACUGGUGGAUCGGGCGCCUGGUGAAGGAGGGCUGCGAGGUCGGCUUCAUCCCCAGCCCCGUCAAGCUGGAGGCCAUGCGGCUGCUGCAGGAGCAGAAGAUGAGGCAGAACCGCCUGAGCUCCAGCAAAUCAGGCGACAACUCCAGCUCCAGCCUGGGUGAUGUGGUGACGGGGACGCGCCGGCCGACCCCCCCCGCCAGCGGUGCCCUGGACAUGCCUAGCUUUGUUGACCCCGAUGAGUUAGAGGAGGAGGAGGCGGCCAUGGAGACCCACCGCUCCCCUAAGAGUAGCGUGAGCAGUGUCAACCCCCCAGCCCACAACAAGCGCAUCCCCUUCUUUAGGAAGACCGAGCACGUGCCCCCCUACGACGUGGUACCCUCCAUGGGCCCCAUCAUCCUGGUGGGGCCGUCGCUGAAGGGGUACGAGGUCACGGACAUGAUGCAGAAAGCACUCUUUGACUUCUUGAAGCAUCGCUUUGAUGGCAGGAUCUCCAUCACGAGGGUGACGGCCGACAUCUCGCUGGCCAAGCGCUCUGUCCUCAACAACCCCAGCAAGCACACCAUCAUCGAGCGCUCCAGCACGCGCUCCAGCCUGGCCGAGGUGCAGAGCGAGACCGAGCGCAUCUUCGAGCUGGCGCGGACGCUGCAGCUCGUGGCGCUGGACGCAGACACCAUCAACCACCCCGCGCAGCUGGCCAAGACCUCCCUGGCGCCCAUCAUCGUCUACAUCAAGAUCGCCUUGCCGAAGGUCCUGCAGCGCUUGGUGAAGUCUCGCGGGAAGUCGCAGGCCAAGCACCUCAACGUGCAGAUGGUGGCCUCGGACAAGCUGGCGCAGUGCCCCCCGUGCAUGUUCGACAUCGUGCUGGACGAGAACCAGCUGGAGGAGGCUUGCGAGCACUUGGCCGAGUACCUGGAGGCCUAUUGGAAGGCCACGCACCCCCCCAGCAGCAACCCCCCCAACCCGCUGCUCAACCGCACCAUGGCCACGGCGGCGCUGGCCGCCAGCCCCGCGCCCGUCUCCAACCUCCAGGUACAGGUGCUCACCUCCCUGCGCCGCAACCUGGGCCUCUGGGGCCGUGGGGGCCCGGACGCCGGCCCCCCGGCGCCCUGGAUGAACACGCGCUGUGAGACACGCACAGAACCCCCCCCCCCUCUCCCAUCACCCAUCAAUCACCAUCCCCAGGCACUGGGGACCAUCCUUGGG